AUUUUUCUAGGGUUUCUAAAGUUUGUGAUCUGGAUCAAUUUGUUAAAAUUCUUCGCGCACUUACUGCGGAAAUUAUCCAGGUCCUCUAUCAUCCGAUUAUAACUUGAAAUAUAGUUGGUGAAUUAAGGAGUAACCAACGUUAUCUUUCUGCUGCUUUGAAAUUCACAUAGUUUUGUAGAAUCUUGGUUGAUUUAUCGAAGUAUUUAUGUUUCUAUUCCGUAGUUUCUCGAGAUUUUACCUGGCAUUGUUGUGUGAGAUGAAGAUUUUGCGAGUUCUUUGGACUGGAUUACCAUUUAUUGAUACGCAGUGUAUUUUUCCGAACAAGAUUCCCAACUCUUUAUAAUUGAAGUUUGAUAUCACGUGUUUAUGGUGCUGUUGGAAGUAAUAGGGUCUCUUUGUUGCGAUUGAUUUCAAGCUUUUGUCAUAAGACGAUGUCCCUGUUAUUAAUUUUUCUGUCAUAUGUGCUGUUAUAGGCUGAGUAAAUCCCAAAUGUAUUCAUCGUGUUGAUAAUCAAAGAACAACAGCUCUCAUUGUGGUAUAUCCGUCUUUUGAAGCUAUAUCUAAGAGUAUUACUUCCAUGGGAGAGCAUAGUUCAACAGACAAGCUAAGCCCUGGCUUGUCAGGCAAGCUAAAGAUCAGUGAUGGGGAUGGAAUGAACGAUACAAAUGAUUUGCAGAAAGUUCUUGUAGGGAGAUAUUACAUUGAGGAGGAGGAGGAAGAGGAAGAUGAAUUUUCAGAAGAAGCAUUGUUAGUGCAGAUGGGCUACGCGAAAUCUGAAUCCAUAAGAGAUACGUUAAAAGGGCCGGAAAGGCAAUAUUAUGAUGAGGCAGAAGAGGAAGAGGAGGAGGAUUUAUCAGAAGAAUCAUUACUGGCUGAAAUGGGCUAUCUAAAGAAUGAACCACCCAAACACGAACCAAUUACCGCGCCAAUGGCUGAUCUACAUCUUGUUUCUGCUCUCAAAGGGAGUCGCGAGAAAGAAGGCAAGCCAGCUAAAUGCCGAGUUUCUUGGGCACCAGACGUGUAUGAUCCACCUUCUACAUCUGAGGAACAUAUUGCAAUGAGCAAGACUGAGAGGAAUAAGAGUGAGCAGAAGGUGAAGGGUGCAGCUGGGAAGAACAGGCAAAGGGCUGGUGGCAAAGGGGUGGCAGCAGGUGAAGUCGGAGGCAAGGGGAGUAGAGGUGGAGGCAGCAAAGGAAAUGUGAGAGGAGGGAAGGCAGCAGGAAAAGGUAAGGAUAAGAAACAGGCUAAGAAGCAUGGUGGCAGAGCUAGCAAAUAUUCUGAUUCUGAUGAGUAACAAAAUGUUUAGACUUGGGACGAUGUUGCCAUUUUUUCUCUUUGCAAUUAAACGUAACUAAGCAUCCAUGAUCUUGUAAAGUCAGGUAAAUAUACAUGUUAACUUGUGAUUAGCAGGAAGUUGGCCUGUCCUUGUGAUGGUUCUCAUCACCUUCUGAUGUCUAAGUUCAGUCUUCAGCAUCAUCUUAACUUAUCCUAAACUUGCUGAUUAGAAUACAAUUGAAAUGCUAGGUAUGUUCAAUGCUCCAAUUGGUAUGCAUGAAU